UUCACUUAGACCGCAAGUCUAUUUGCGGAGACCGGCGUCGGGGGCGUGGCUUUAGCCUCAAGGGAGGGUUGGAGCCCAUCAAGCCCCGCCCCCGCGCCCGAACAGCGGCCCAGGCCUUCCCUUGGGCUAGACUACGGUAUGGCCAGAAAGCGGGCGUCCUGUGAGGAGCAGCCAGGGCAGCGGCGGCCCAAGAAAGCCCGGACCCAGGAAGCGGAGCCCGAUGUUUUUGAAGAUCAGAAGCCAAAGAAUAUCCAACUCCCAAGAGUCCCAGAUGGGAAAAGGAAGAAGAGGAGCAGUGGCCCUGGGGGGCCCCGAGGUGGUGCAUCAAAGAAGGCAGGGGCCAAGGCAGCAGAGAAAUCUAGAAAUCCUCCCAGCGUGAAGGAGGAAGCCUCCAGUGAAGAAGAUUUCAUUAACUUUACAAGUGUGGACAAGAAGGAGAUCCAAGCAAAGACAGAAGCAUCAGUGAAAAAAGACAGCAGUGAGGAAAAUGAUGAAGACGAAAGUGAAGACGAUUGGGAGGAGGUGGAAGAAAUUAACGAGCCUAUCCCCAAUCAAAUGGGAGAAACCACAAGCUCCUUUCAGUCAACUCUGCCGACCAAGCCAGUGGAGAUAGAGAUUGAGACGCCGGAGCAGGCGAAGGCCAGGGAGAGAAGAGAAAAAAGGCAGAUGGAAUUUGAGACGUAUCUUCGGAGAAUGAUGAAACGCUUCAAUAAAGAAGUCCAUGAAGAUACACACAAGGUGCACCUGCUUUGCCUGCUAGCAAAUGGCUUCUUUCGGAAUAACAUCUGUAACGAGCCAGAUCUCCAGGCCAUCGGCCUCUCCAUCGUCCCAGCUCACUUCACCAAAGUGCUUCCUAAUAAAGUCAAUGUCCCUUACCUUUCAAACCUGGUAAAAUGGUUCAUCGCCACGUUCACUGUCAAUGCAGAGCUUUCCACAGAUGAGCAAGACAGCCUGUGCUCCACCUUAGGACGGCGCUUUGCUGUUUAUUCAGCACGGGAUGAUGAAGAAUUGGUCCAUAUAUUUUUAUUGAUACUGCGGUCACUGCAGCUUCUGACCCGGCUGGUGUUGUCUCUGCAGCCCAUCCCUUUGAAGUUGCCAGCUGCAAAGGGCAAGAAAAAGUCCCAGGAGAGCUCCCUGGAGAAUCCUGGAAGUUCUUCUCAACAACCCCCGAGCCAAAAGGCCCAAACCCAAAGCAGAUCAAAGACCCGCAGAGGACGCGUGGCGGCCUCUUCUGAGGGGACAGCAGAGGGCAAGACCCCAGAGCCUCGGAAAGCGGCAGUGGGCAGGAAAAAGCGUGCACAGUCUUCCAGUGAGGAAGAAGACAUGGCAGUGGGGAAGGAAGGAGCCCGCAGGCCCUUAAGGGAAAGACGGGGGACGUCCCAGGUGUCCUACAGAGAGGAGAGUGGGAGCGAUGGGGCUGAAAGCAGCUCUGAGUUUGAGCUUCCCAGUGAGGAGGAUUCUCCACCUGGCACCCAGAGACCAAGGAGGCCUCCUCUGUCCCAAAGGACAAAGGCAGCAUCUGCGGGCAGGGGGAGGAGAGCUAGCGUGUCGGCAAAGAAUAAGAGAGAUGGUGGCCAGCCCCCUCUCCUUCCAGAAGCAUCCCCAGAGGCCUCAGGCACCAAGAGGGGCAAGAUCAUUUCUAGUGAUGAUGAUGAAAAAGAAGAAAUCGGGAAAGCAGUUGGUGUGGACCAGUGGCUAGAAGUGUUCUGUGAGGGGGAGGAUAGGUGGGUAUGUGUAGAUUGUGUCCAUGGUGUGGUGGGCCAGCCCUUGACCUGUUAUAAAUAUGCCACCAAGCCCUUGUCCUACAUCAUUGGCAUUGACAAUGAUGGGUGUGCUCGGGAUAUCACACAGCGGUAUGACCCGGCCUGGAUGACAGCUACCCGCAAGUGCCGUGUAGAUUCAGAGUGGUGGGCUGAGACCUUGAGACCCUACCAAAGCCCUUUUGGGGCAAGGGAAAAUAAAGAAGAAAUGGAGUUUCAGGCAAAGCUACAGAGCCAGCCCUUGCCAACUGCUAUAGGCAUGUAUAAGAACCACCCUCUUUAUGCCUUGAAGCGACAUCUCCUGAAAUAUGAAGCCAUAUACCCAGAGACUGCUGCUGUCCUUGGGUACUGUCGUGGUGAAGCUGUGUACUCCAGGGACUGUGUCCACACCCUGCACUCAAGGGAUACCUGGUUGAAGCAAGCACGAGUGGUCAGGAUUGGGGAGGUUCCGUACAAGAUGGUGAAAGGAUACUCCAAUCGUGCCCGGAAGGCCCGGCUGGCUGAUCCCCAGUUCCGGGACCAAGAUGACUUGGGUCUGUUUGGCCACUGGCAGACAGAGGAAUACCAGCCGCCUGUGGCAGUAGAUGGCAAGGUCCCUCGGAAUGAAUUUGGAAAUGUUUACCUCUUCAUGCCCAGCAUGCUGCCUAUUGGCUGUGUCCAGCUGAAACUGCCCAACCUCCAUCGAGUUGCCCGAAAGCUGGGGAUUGACUGUGUCCAGGCUAUCACUGGCUUUGACUUCCACGGUGGCUACUCACAUCCUGUAACGGAUGGAUACAUCGUGUGUGAGGAGCACAAAGAGGUGCUCUUGGCUGCCUGGGACAAUGAACAGUCACUCAUCGAACAAAGGGAGAAAGAGAAAAGAGAGAAGAGAGUCCUGGGGCACUGGAAGUUACUGGUGAAAGGGCUCCUCAUAAGAGAGAGGCUGAAGCGACGCUUUGGUAACAAGGGUGAAGCUGUUCCAGCAACUUCAGACGGAGGAGCAGGAUUCUCAUCGGACGAGGAAGGGACCAGCUCACAGGCAGUAGCCAAAAAUCUGGCUGCUUACUGGCCCCAGAACCGAGAAACUGAAGAGCAGCAAAAACUGAAAGGAAGUAGGAAGACCAAAAGGGAAAAGAGAGAGGAAGCCAAACACCUGUUCCCCUUUGAAAAGUUGUGAUUUUGAGGAAACAGCACCCAAAUACUCUCCCCCCACCGUGGCCAUAUGCUCCCCCGACUGCACCAAAUGAAGGCAGUUGGGCAGUAGGUCACUAGUCUUAGGCUGAGGAAAGUGGUUCCAAAUCACCAGAACAGCUCCUCACAUAAGAGGUUAGCUUUCACUUAACCCCUCAGCCCUUUUUAAUUUUUAAAGCUGGAUAUUUUUCUACUUAAGAAUCUUACCUUUCAAGUGGUAUCUAUCAACAAUCAGACAUAGGCUGAGUAAGUGGAUUUCUUUGGAAGACCUUAGGAACUUGGAGUAAAUGCUGUGUGAUUUCUUUGUGAGAAGUACCAGGUUUUAAUAUAUUCCACAUGUGUUCUGCAAAUGCAAAAGCCCUCUGCUGUCAAUCUAAACAAAAUUUUCAUGUAACAAACAGCCAUCAUCUUGUCUCAUUGACUUGUUAUUUCCAACGGCUUAAUGGAAAUCCCUCUUCCCUGGCCUUGACUGCAUUUUUUCUCCUGACUUUUCAUUAAAACAGAAGAAUUAGAAGUAGUUCAUGGUGAGUUCAUGUAGUUCCUACAAUAUUAUAAUUUUUGGAUUCACUUUAGGUUGUAGGUACCUAUGAAAAAAGCUAUAAUCAGAGGGAAAUAAACCCCACAUACACUGAAUACUGAAGAAACAGCAGCAAUCUUGAGUGAGCCCCCAACUAUUGUACUGGUUAAAUAAAAAAUGUUUUGGGCCAGCUAGGUGGCACAGUGAAUAAAGCACUGGCUCUGGAUUCAGGAGGACCUGAGUUCAAAUGUGGCCUCAGACACUUGACACUUACUAGCUGUGUGACCCUGGGCAAGUCACUUAACCCUCAUUGCCCCCCCCCAUGCCCCAAAAUAAUUUAAAAUGUUUUACAUUCUAGAUAGUUGAGGAUAAUUUUUUUAUCACUUUAGGGAGAACAAUAAAGCUU